AUGGCUGCCGCUUUGAAGCCGAACGCCCCAGAAAUCCGCAAAGCCGCACAGGAGUUCAUCAACUACCUGAACAAGGCAGUCACUCCUUUCCAUGCUACUCAGGAAGUAAAGGAGCGCCUUAUUCAGGCUGGUUUCAAGGAGCUUCCAGAAGCCGGACACUGGGAAAUUCAGCCAGCUAACAAAUACUUCGUUACCAAAAAUCGUUCGGCAAUCCUCGCAUUUGCCGUCGGAGGUGCUUACAAGCCAGGAAACGGAUUCUCGAUCGUCGUUGGUCACACAGACAGCCCAUGCCUUCGUGUGAAGCCGAUCUCCCAUCAGAAAUCGGAUAAAUUCCUUCAAGUCGGAGUAUCAACCUAUGGAGGUGGCAUCUGGAGAACUUGGUUCGAUCGUGAUUUGUCUGUCGCUGGAUUGGUGAUCGUGAAGAAUGGAGAUAAACUUCAACACAAGCUGAUUGACGUUAAGAGACCAGUUCUCUUCAUCCCAAACUUGGCUAUUCACUUGGAAACUGAUAGAACAACAUUCAAACCAAACACUGAAACUGAGCUUCGGCCAAUUCUCGAGUCGUUCGCUGCUGCUGGAAUCAAUGGUCCAGCUAAAGAAGAAUCAAAGGGAGAAUACGAUCCACGUAACAUCACCGCCAAUCAUCAUCCACAGUUCCUAGGAUUGAUCGCAAAGGAGGCAGGAUGUCAACCCGAGGAUAUUGUGGAUUUAGAUCUCUACCUUUAUGACACCAACAAAGCAGCUAUCGUUGGAGUAGAAGAGGAAUUCAUCUCUGGCGCUCGCCUUGACAAUCAAGUUGGAACAUACACAGCCAUCUCUGGACUUCUGGAGUCACUCUCUGGAGAGGCGGCCUUCCAAUCCGAUCCACAGAUUCGCAUCGCGGCGUGCUAUGACAACGAGGAAGUAGGAUCCGACUCAGCAAUGGGAGCGUCCUCGGCAUUCACUGAAUUUGUUCUCAGAAGACUUUCCGCUGGAGGAUCGGCCACAUCGUUCGAGGAAGCAAUCGGAAAGAGUAUGUUGAUUUCGGCUGAUCAAGCCCAUGCUGCGCACCCGAAUUACUCUGUGAAACACGAGGAAAAUCAUCGCCCAACGUUCCAUGGAGGAGUUGUUGUCAAAGUGAACGUUAAUCAACGCUAUGCUACCACCUCUACUACUCACGCAGCUCUCAAGCAGGUCGCUUUUGAAGCUGGAGUCCCACUUCAAGUCGUUGUCGUCAGAAACGAUUCCCCAUGUGGAUCCACCGUUGGACCGAUUCUUUCCACCAAACUUGGUCUCCAGACAGUUGAUGUCGGAUGCCCACAACUCGCCAUGCACUCCAUUCGUGAGUUCGCCGACACCUCAAGCAUCUUCCAAGCCACUCGUCUCUACUCGACAUUCUUCGAGCGUCUAUCAAAUGUUCUUAGCAACAUGCAAUAG